AUGUCGCACUCAAUUCCCGACCAGGAGGGCAACGCCACGCCCGAGGACGCGAUCGAGUACAAGGACAUGCCGCCUCACCGAUGCAUUCCCAGCCAAGAGCACAAGCUUCGGAUCAAGUUUCCUCGCGGCAAAUUCACUCAUACUAUCGAGGAGGCCAGUCCUGAGGUGUCAGCUCGUUUCCCCGAGGGCAAGAGGAAAGGCCGAUGCAUUGUGACCGUCAAGCUUCACAGCGAUGCGCGUGUCUCGGUCUUGGCAUUCGGCAUUCCAUUUGCCAACCAUGCUGACCCCGAGGUUGAUGGCUGGGUCAACAAGAACACGCCAAUCAUCGACAAGACCACCACCACAUUGGACAGCGACAAAAGGCGAGAACAAGGAGGACAAUAA